UGAUUUAUUCUGGAUUUUUUUUCUAUAGGAAUUUGUGUGGAAUUUCUUUGUUGCCCCCCUGUGGAUGCACCUAUGGAGAGAAUUACUGCCUGUCUGCAGGCUAUGAAAGCACUUUUUGGUGUCUCCUGGCCACGAGCUCACAUAGGGGCUGAUCCGGAACUUGCUUUUGAAUUAGUCUCUGUGCUACAUCGACUGCUGCUCAUGAGGGAGUCCUCGGAAGUGCAACUUUUGGCACUGGAGGUUGGAAGACAGAUUCUGGGUGCAUCUCAAGAGCAUGUGCAGGAGAGGAGGAGGAGUGCAGAAGUUGAUGAUGGAGCCGAAGAAAAGGAGACCUUGCCAGAGUUUGGAGAGGGACAUGACACUGGUGGCCUGAUUCCUGGUCAUUCCCUGGUUCUAGCUACUUUGGAACUGUGCCUCUGUAUUCUCAUCAGGCAACUUCCCCAGCUCAGUCCCCGUCUGACUGGGAACUCAUCAGGAAAUAAUGGAGCAAAGCAAAUUCUGUCACAUGAAGCCAGC